CUACUUUUUUGUGUCUCCACCAGAAAAUUUUCCCCAUAAUAUAUAGAGUUCCCAUCUUUUUGUUCACUCACAAUUUUGGCCUUGAAAGUGAAGGCUACUAAGUUAACUGUGGAGCUUUAUUAAAUUAGCAGCCCGAAUCUCGAAGCUCCAACGAUGCCACAGAGAAAGAAGAAGUAUGUUCAAAUCUGCAAAGAGGAAAGUCAGACAAAGAAAAGAAAGCUGAUGGAUGAUGAUCAUCAUCAGAUUUGCAAAUAUGGAGUUGCAGUAUUAAGAGAAAUGCUUUGCUUUUAUUAUGCUCAUAUUUUUUCCGAGGAGACUACUUGUAAGUUAUGGGUAAUGAAGGAGUAUUAUAUCGAGGAAUCUUGGAUUCAAUUGUAUACUAUACAAGAGACAUGUAUGACUUUAAAAAGACCGCUACAUAUGUUUGACAAUGGUGAACUGCUACUCAGCUACGAACACCAUCCACUUAGGACAUCCAAAGUACCAUUUGGAUUAGGCUGCAUCGUGCCAUUCAACAAGCAAUUACUUAUUUAGAAAGUGUGAUCUCUCCAAAAUUACUUAUUUAGUGUGUGAUUGAUUACAUAUAAUCAAGACAUCCUUUUACUUUUUUUUGUUUUUGAUUAUUA